AUGUCAAAGAGGAAACGCAGACAGGGCGACAUUGCUUGCAAUCCUUGCCGAAGGAGGAAAACUCGUUGCGACGGACUACGCCCAACUUGCGGUUCCUGUCAGAAACGAUCAUCCGAGUGCACCUACGUCCAGAAUCGAGGAGCUCUUCGGUCCUCCAACACGUCCAAUGAAGCUCAGGAACUCCUCGACAUCCUCAAGUCUGUAACGGAGGAACAUGCCGUUCAGAUUCUACGCCUGUGGAGAGCCGAAGGAGACCUUGCUGCCGUGCUCUCUUUCGCCAGAGCUGGGGACAAUGGAGCAUCCGACAUCCCAGAUGUUGUCGAUGACAACGCCAACCCGUCGACGAGAUCCUCUUUGACGUCGGAACUGAUGGCCAACUUCCCCAUUGCCUACCCUAGCCCUCGCGCCAUUCCUGCCACGGCACUCGAACGCGAUGGACUAUUGAGCCCCAAUACGCUAUGCCGGGCCAGCGACGACGGAAUCAUGCCGCCCGACGAUGGUAUUCCGUCUAUGAUGUCUGAUGACACGCCUCAGACGUGGACUCAGCCGUUUCACGAGGCGGCGCCGCCGGAUCGGACGGGAAAUACGAGACCAAGCAUAUGUGACAAUCGACUGCACCACCUCGACAUCUCCUUCUGGACCGCGGUAUCAAUCGCCAAUGAUCUCGCAGCCCGCAUCGUCUCCGUUUACCUAACCACUGAUCAUCCUCUCCUUGGUAUCUUUGAUCCAGACCUGUUCGUUUCCGAUCUUGUCAACCAUCAGACGACCAAUUGCUCUCGGCUACUUGUCAGUACGGUGCUGUACUGGGGAUGUCAAAUUUACGCUGCAAUUGACGAAAAGGCCCGUCGCUAUACCGACUCGUUUUGCAAGGAGGCUGAGGAGCUUUGGCUGGAUGAGCAACGAAAUGACACAAUCCUCAAUGCUGCCAGCGCCCAGUUAUUGAGCCUGGCUUACCUCGGUCAUGGAAAAGAUCACUAUGUUUUGAAAUUUCUCUCGGCUGCCAUAGGAAUGGGGAAAAGGUUGUCCCUCCUCGGUGUUGACCCCUCGCUGGCGAGGAGAAACCUGGCAAAUCUUUCACCCGACGUGCAGAAACGAAUGGCAUUCACGGCCUGGGGCUUGUUCAACUGGGCCGUCUUGACCACAAUGUUUUACCAACAACCAGGCCUUGAAUACCCCGAACAUCCCCCCGUACUCCCGAUACCACACGGUUCAAACAUCGAUGCUGCAGGCAAAGGCGUGGCUCAUGAUCACACUCAUAUGACAACCCCAGGUUUGCCUUGGUUCAUGGGCCACACGUUUUCUGCACUUUGCCAGUUCUGGCAAACCAUGCAUGGCGUGAGUCUCUCGUACUACAAGAAUCGAGAAAGGCCGCUGCAAGAACAUGUAUCUCUGGACUUUGCAGAACUCAAAUAUCGCGAACUGCUCAAUUGGACCCAGACUCUACCGGAAGACACCAUCCUACGAGAUAACAGUCCCCACCAUGUAGUCAUUCUCCACAUUUGGUUUCACGCCGCUCUUCUCGACAUAUUUCGACCCUUUGUACACGGACCCCAACCAGAUCGUUCCCGUGUAAUAUCCUUUUCCGACCAUCACAUAUCCCCAGAUGCUGCCUUUCGCGCGUCCGUACAGCAGCUGAAGCAGUUGGUAGUCACAUAUCGCUCCAAUCACGAAUCCUCCGCCUACACCAUGCUGUGGCAGACAGCCCUAAUUUACGUGGCAAACGCCGUGCUCCACGACACACAAGACCCCGAAUGGCGUUUCUAUUUCUUGGCAUGUAUUAACGCGUAUGAAGGUCUCCGGAAAUCAUAUCGUGUUGCGGAGUCGAUAUCUCGGGGGUUGCUGGCCAUGGCGCUCCGUGGGGCAUGCAUAUCACACAACGAGGCUGAUGCUCUACAAGCGCAGAUGAUGGAAGCCGGCGGCAGGCUUGUCAAGGACGACGAAAUUCGCGCCACGUUCAUGGUUGAUCUUGACUUGGCCAUGUCGAACCCCGAGGCGGCGAGGGUGGAGGUUCUCGCAGAACGAUUCGAUGACAUUAGCCUGUUUCGGGACCUUACCACCGUAGAUGAUGAAGAGGCGCAGAGCUUUCGUCGGCUCCAGACCCCUGAAAACUCUCGGGGCAGCGGCAGCGGUCGAGGGUUGCCAGAAGGGCUAGACGUGGGAACGGGGCAUGACUGA